AUUUUUUUUACCUAUUUUCAUAACUUUCCCUAUUUUUUUUCUCACAAAAACCCAAAACUCCUCAAGUCUCCCUCUACUCCUUCCCAAUUCUUCGGUUAAAAUUUUCCAAUCUAUCCACUUCUCUAACCCUAAAACCCUAAUUUCACCUCCGCAUAAUCGCACUCGACGAUUCCGUUUCAUCUAAUUCGUUAUUUGAUCUGAUCUGACUUUUUCGAUCAGUAAUCGGAUCUAGGUUUUUAAAUCCGAAUCAGAAACUGUAAAUUCCCAAAAUUUGAUUAUGAGGAAGAGAGAGAGAGAGAACCCUUGUUCGCUUUGCGGGCAUUAUCAUAAGUACGAGGAAGGAGAAGUCUGUGGAAUCUGUGGCCACCGUAUGCCGGAUCCCUCCCAUGUGGUGGCACCGCAAGUCCACGUCAGCGCUUUUCCGUCGGAGAUCUUGCCGGAGUUUCUUUACCUCGGGAGUUACGACAACGCCUCUCGCUCUGAGCUUCUCAAGACACAGGGAAUUUCUCGUGUUCUUAAUACGGUUCCCAUGUGCCAAAAUCUCUACAGGAACUCAUUCACUUAUCAUUGCCUUUCUGAUGAAAAAGUCUUACAAUUUGAUGAUGCUAUCCAGUUCUUAGACCAAUGUGAGAAGGACAAGGCACGUGUUCUUGUGCACUGCAUGUCGGGGAAAAGCAGAUCACCAGCGGUUGUUAUAGCGUACUUGAUGAAACGUAGAGGGUGGAGACUCGCUGAGAGUCAUCAGUGGGUUAAACAACGGAGACCUACAACUGAAAUAUUCUACCAACAACUGGAGGAGUUUGAGCAGACGAUUUUCGGAUCAAGAGAAGGGAUGAUGUCGGCAAUGAACAUCAACGAUGCUCCAACAUUUGGUUUUGGUUUCCCUAAGGUUAAUAUUAAUCAACCGCAAGUCCCUGUGUUCAACAAUGCUCCUACUUCAUCUAUAUUUUCAUCUCCUGCUUCAAGUGUCCCUCCUCAAGAGUUCACUUUUGGAGCAGCUCCAACGAAGCCAACAACCAGUGGUGAUAUUACUAUGGAUGGCUCUUAAAAUAAACUGAAUUUUCAUACUCUUUGCAACCAAAAAACAUACUAAGGAUGUUUUUUUUUUUUUUUUUUUUUUUUUUUUGUAAAUGGAUAUUGAUGCA